GAAAGAAAAGCUUAUAAAUAACAUUUACCGCCGUAAGUCUCACUAUUCAACACGCCGUCCACCGUACUACACUGAAGGGACUGAUCAAUUCUAAAGGAAUAAAAUAAAUUCAAGCCAAUACAGCAUGGCUCAGAAAGAGAAGCUCCAGUGUCUGAAGGACUUCCAUAAGGACACGCUGAAGCCUUCCCCAGGGAAAAGCCCGGGCACCCGGCCCGAGGACGAGGCAGAGGGGAAGCCCGUCCAGAGGGAGAAGUGGAACUCCAAGCUUGACUUUAUCCUGUCCGUCGCUGGCGGCUUCGUGGGUUUGGGGAACGUCUGGCGUUUCCCAUACCUCUGCUAUAAGAAUGGCGGAGGUGCAUUUCUCAUCCCGUACUUCAUCUUCCUCUUUGGCGGAGGUCUACCUGUGUUUUUCCUGGAGGUGGCCCUCGGACAGUACACCUCCGAGGGUGGAAUCACCUGCUGGGAAAAACUUUGCCCCAUCUUUACUGGUAUCGGCUAUGCUUCGAUUGUGAUCGUGUCGCUCCUGAACAUCUACUACAUAGUGAUCCUGGCCUGGGGUUUGUACUACCUGUUCCAGUGCUUCCAGCCGGAGCUGCCCUGGGCCAAGUGUAAGAACUCCUGGAACACAGACCGCUGUGUGGAGGACACCGUACGUAAGAACAAGACCCUGAUGCUGGCCGCUAACAUCACCAACUUCACCUCGCCCGUCACCGAGUUCUGGGAACGUAACGUCCUUAGCAUCUCCAGUGGCAUCGAUGAAAUCGGGGAGGUCAAGUGGGACCUUGCUCUGUGUCUGCUGGGAGUCUGGGUCAUCUGUUUCUUCUGCAUCUGGAAGGGAGUCAAAUCCACUGGGAAGGUUGUGUACGUCACUGCUACCUUCCCCUUCGUUAUGCUGAUCAUUCUGUUGAUCCGCGGCGUCACUCUGCCAGGAGCAUCUGAAGGAAUCAAGUUCUACCUGUACCCAGACCUGCAACGUCUCAAAGACCCUGAGGUUUGGAUCGAUGCAGGCACUCAGAUCUUCUUCUCCUAUGCCAUCUGUCUGGGAGCUAUGACGUCACUGGGGAGCUACAACAAAUACAAAUACAACUGCUAUAGGGACUGUUUGCUGCUGGGAGGCCUCAACAGCGGUACCAGUUUUGUGUCUGGCUUCGCAAUAUUUUCCGUCCUGGGCUUCAUGGCACAAGAGCAAGGGGUGGACAUUGCCGAUGUGGCAGAGUCAGGUCCUGGCUUGGCCUUCAUUGCCUAUCCUAAAGCUGUGUCUAUGAUGCCACUGCCAACCUUCUGGGCUAUUCUCUUCUUCAUCAUGCUUCUGCUACUGGGUCUCGACAGUCAGUUUGUGGAAGUGGAAGGACAGAUCACCUCCUUGGUGGAUCUGUAUCCCUCCUUCCUAAGGAAGGGUUACCGUCGGGAACUUUUUAUAGCUACAGUGUGCUCCAUAAGCUAUCUUCUGGGACUUACCAUGGUUACUAGGGGUGGCAUGUAUGUGUUUCAACUCUUUGACUACUAUGCAGCCAGCGGUGUGUGCCUUUUGUGGGUUGCAUUCUUUGAAUGUAUUGCUGUAGCCUGGGUUUAUGGCGUUGAUAAUUUCUAUGAUGCGAUUGAAGACAUGAUUGGCUACAGACCAAAUCCCUGGAUGAAAUGGAGCUGGUCUUUUAUCACACCUCUUCUUUGUGUGGGUUGCUUUGUCUUUUCCUUGGUCAAAUACAAACCGUUGACUUACAACAAGGUUUACGAGUACCCCGACUGGUCCAUCGGUGUGGGCUGGACUCUGGCCCUGGCUUCUAUGAUCUGUAUUCCUAUGGUGGUGGUUAUCAAGAUCAUCCAGUCCGAUGGACCACUCAUAGAGAGGAUCAAGGCUGUGGCAGCUCCGCUGGGAGGUGCAAGCUCCCGUCCAGUCGACCACCGUCCCAAGGGCAUGUCUGCCGAGCUGGCCUACCCCCUGGACCCUAACGGGAACAACGGCCUGAUCAAGCCCACCCACACUAUUGUAGAAACUAUGAUGUGAGCGCUCUCUGUGAGAGGAACGAAUUGAAAAAAAAAAAAAUGACCCGCUUUCUAUGUUAUUAUACUAUAUUAUCACUAAACUAGUUAUAGGACCAGGUUUACAUUGCUAUGUAUCUGCACUAGGAGUUUUCUUUUUGUUUUGUUUUCUACAGAGGAAGUUACAUUAUUGGUUUCCUGUCUAUGUUUUUAAUAUUUUUUAUUAAACUAUUGUUAUUAAUAUUACUGUUAUUACGAUUAAUGUAGUUAGAAGGAAAUUUAGAUUUCCAAGCCACUUGGAGCAAGCAGAAUCAGUACAUGGUCCAUUUUACUUCUUCUUUCCUGUAGAACUAUAAGCGGUCGUCUCUAUUUUAGGAAUCUUUUUUUUUUUUUUUAAGAGAAGAAAAUACAUAAUACAAAAGAAAGGGUUGUAUAAAACCGUAAGAACUAAAUGUGUGUCAUGUUUUGAGCAGUAACAUUUGACUACGUCAUGUUUGUAUCUAGAUCAACCUAGCCCCUCUCUCUUCUCAGCUUAACUAAUGUCUAUAGUACGAUAAUAUCGUGGAGGUGGUGCCCCUUGUAUACAGUGAGAUUAGUCGAGUGUGUUUGUCGUCGAUGUUUGUUGUAAAAUUACAACUGAACCUGAACGUAGCUCCACUACUAGGCUGCGUUCAGGGUCCAGAGCAUCUCAUCUACAGUUGCUAAAAAGUUAGAGUUUCAAAAUCCUGCACCGGUCUGCAAUACUGGUUUUUGACACAACUAUUUGCUAGAAGGUACUUGAGCGCCUUGCAGCAAUUGUUCUGUCUGUAUAAAUAACACAACCUAGCUUUUUAGUGCCGGCAACUGUACCUGGCUCUGACUGUGGAGGUACAAACCUGUCCUCCUUGUACAGUGUCUAGUGUACAUACAUACAGUCAGCCCAACUCCAUUUUAAACUAGACUAUACUAUGCUGGUGAAGGACACUACUGCUACAUGCCAUCCAUCCCAGUGCAUACAGUAGCUACAUCAUACGUGUUUCAAGUCUGUGAUUCAUUAUUUGCACUAAAGUAAUGAAGUGAGUUUUUUCCUUUAUUCUUAGUGUUUAAGUCUGUUGUUGUAUUGCUGGCCAUAGAUAGAGGACAUGCCAUAGUGGCAAGUACAUAAGAAGCACAACAUCACACUAUAUAAUGCAUAUAGCGUCUCUUUAGUCUGUUGUUGUAUCGCUGGCCAUAGAUAGAGGACAUGACAUAGUGGCAAGUACAUAAGAAGCACAACAUCACACUAUAUAAUGCAUAUAGCAUCUCUUUAGUCUGUGUCUCUAAUGAAUUGACAGGAGCCUAAAGGACCUGCAAUAAUAACUUUACGCAUUCAUGUAAACUCCCCAUACAGUAAAUAUUGAUCAUAAAUCGUAAAUAUUGAUCAAGGAACCAUUCAAAAUACAAGCAGACUGCUUCUCAAUCAGAUAUUUCUAUUGGAUUUCUGCCGGCUAGGUCAGUGUACAUUCUGAUGUAAUGAUAAUACAUAUGGUAAUUGAUUGAUAUACUGACUUCUACUAUCUACUUCCUCCAGCCUUUUCACACUCCCUAUCCAUCGGUCGUCAUAUCUUAGUUUAGUUUUAAAUAUUAUAUUAUUACAGCUUUUCAAAGAGGCAGAAACAAUUCAAACAAAAAGCCUGUUGGGGUUUGAAGCGCUAUGAUUCACAAUGCAAAGAUAUUUCUUCUUAGAAUGGAAUGUCGAAAUGUGAAACCCCAUGUAGUGAAAACUGAAGCUUUGCUUAAUUCUAUUGAUUCUAUUACAUAAAAAUAAAAAUAAUCUUUUUUUUCUUUUUUCUGGGGGUAUAAAAUCAGAACGUUUAGUUUAUUGUACUUUGAUUGUUUUCCAAUCACGUUUUUGCCUUUUUGUAUUCAAAAUGUAAAAUGACCACCCCGUCUCCAGCUACUAAUACUUCCUGAGGAUGAAUCGUCAUUUAACAACUUACUGUUAAUCAACAAAACUGCAAUUUGUAAUGUGCAAUACUUCGUAGAAAGAUAAGUAUUUUUUCACUCUGUUUUUCAAAUAGGUGGUACUUUUAACUUUGUAGAGAGAAAUUUAAAAAAAGAAACUUGCUUAAACAAUGCGAGAGACAAAAUUACGACAAUUUCAGGGGCCAAUGAAAACCUACCACAAAAUCUUAUGCCAUAAUAUCAACAAAGAAACAACGUUCAAUGCAGUAGUAUCACUUUCUGUCAUAACACACAGAAUUUGAUUCAUCUUUAUCAAAAAUAUUACACAUUUUAAAAUAUCUGAAUUUGCAAUGAAAAGUUAUCCUGCCAUUUUAUAAUGACUAUCUCAAAUCUGAUUUGGUAGUCUGAAUUGGCCUGUGACAUUCUGAAAUGAUGCUGCCGCCAAACAUAGGCCUGUCUAUCUACCGUAGUGCUGUUUGUUUGUACAGAAGAUGUAUUAUGUCGCACAGAAACAAACCGCUAGUUGUUAGCUAGCUAGGUACCUGUAACAAACCACUAGUAGUUUUCUAGCUAGGUACCUGUAACAAAUCGCUAGUAGUUUUCUAGCUAGGUACCUGUAACAAAUCGCUAGUAGUUUUCUAGCUAGGUACCUGUAACAAACCGCUAGUAGUUUUCUAGCUAGGUACCUGUAACAAACCGCUAGUAGUUAGCUAGCUAGGUACCUGUAACAAACCACUAGUAGUUUUCUAGCUAGGUACCUGUAACAAACCGCUUGUAGUUAGCUAGCUAGGUACCUGUAACAAACCGCUAGUAGUUUUCUAGCUAGGUACCUGUAACAAACCGCUAGUAGUUAGCUAGCUAGGUACCUGUAACAACCGCUAGUAGUUAGCUAGCUAGGUACCUCUAACAAACCGCUAGUAGUUUUCUAGCUAGGUACCCGUAACAAACCGCUAGUAGUUAGCUAGCUAGGUACCUGUAACAAACCGCUAGUAGUUAGCUAGCUAGAUACCUGUAACAUACCGCUAGUAGUUAGCAAGCUAGAUACCUGUAAAAAAAAAAAAAUGCUAGUGGUUAGUGAGCUAGGUACCUUACAG